AUGAAGAUGAUAAACUUUCAGGAGCUGCAGACAGCGCAAACCAUGGAGUACCCCGAAGAAUUUGAUGAGAACGAUCGAAUCCUUCGAGACACGAUUCUCCAGCCACUCCUCAGCUGUCAAGAGCAAGAAGAAAAAGUUCUCAUCCAGAGAACGGUUCUGUUUUACUUGGUCGAACUGGACAGAAGAUUGAAUGGAUCACCGUCUUAUAGAUUCGAUCAAUUGAGGAAGAAUGUGAUUAACUGA